AUGGAAGAUAUUAAAUUAUUAUUAAAUAAUUUAGAUUAUUUAAUAUCAGAACUAAAAUCCAUUGAUAUCAUCAACGUUAGCGAAUCUUUAGAAACUCUUAAAGAAAAACUAAUAGAGAUAAAUGAAUCACUUUGUGGCAGCGGUAAUAACCUUGAGGAACUUGAUAGGGAAUUUAAUUCAAGUAUUGAUGAUUUUCAAAAUCUAAUGGUUCACUAUGGGUUGAAAACAAUAUUUACAAAGACAUUAAAAAAAAAAAAAUCAACAACAAACGCUGCAACAAUAGCGGCCACAACUACAACUACAACCAUUAUAUCCUCACCAACAAAAUUAAACAACAAUAAUAAAUCAUCACAAUAUAGUAUAUUAGAUUCAGGAUUAUUUAUAUCCAAAAAACCAACAAUAACACAAACCACUACACCACCUUUUAUAAACGAUAGUCUACAUCAACUAAUUAAAUUAUUAGCUUUAAUUCAAAUGUUUAUAAUUAGAGAGCAACAACAAGAUCAACAGCAACCAGAAAUACCCAUUGAACCUAUCGCAUUUUGGGUUGGUGUCUCAACAUCAUUAAAAGAACUAGACGAGUGCAAGGUUAAAUUGAUAAAUAAACCAAAUAUUCAGAUGUUAAUUUCCUUUUUAAAAACAUCAAAAGAAUAUUUAAAUUGUCCAGCCUCUUACUUUAGAAUUAUAAUAGAUAACGAUAUCGAUAUUAAAAGUAUUACACAACUAUUAGAUUGGUUAAAAGAGAAUAGCAAUAAUAAUAAAAUUCCAAUAAAUAUAAUAGUUAACAAUCCAGCAAACACUAAUCAAUAUUUACAAUUUUUCAAUUUAAAUUUACCAAUAUCAUUAUCCUCAACACUACCACAAUUUAACUAUUUCAUAAACUCAAUGCCUUAUAAGAGUAAAUCACAUCACCACAAUACAACAACAACAAAUAUAAUAAAUAACAAAAAAAAUAGAAAUAAUAAUCAAGAUAUUAGUACAAAUGCUCUAGAAACAGACUCUGAAAUAGAUAGCGAUAAAAAACAUACAAUUGCAACACAAAAACAACAACGUGAAGAUGACUCUACCGAUGAGGAUUCAUCACCACAUGAUGAAUCAUAUUCAACAUCACCACAAUUUAAACCAACUCUUCUCGAUACAAAAACCGAAGCAACAAUAUUAACACCCAAAACAAAUAGAUCAUAUACAAUUAAAAACAUGAAAGCAUCACCACAACAACAAAAAACCAAACUAUUUACAACAAAUGAAAAUAUAACACCAAACAAAUGCAACAAUAAUAUUAGUGUCAAUUCUACCCCUUUGAAUCAGCAACAACAAAUACUACAGCACUCACCAACAUCUCCAUCAAUUUCACCAUCUUCCUCAUCAACCAAAUUAGAUCCAUCACUUUCUCGUAUUCAUUAUAAAACCUCAAUGUUUUCGCAAGCCAAGCCUAUUGGUAUAACCACAGGUAGUGUAACAUCAACUCAAAUUCAUUUACGUGAUGCAUUAGAUAACCCUGUGUCAACGAUUGCCACAUCAAACCUAGUUGGAUUUGGUCCAAUUUCAUCAGCCCCAUUAAAAAUUCAAUGCGAUGGGCCGUUACUAUCGAAUGGUGAUUCAAACUAUCCAAUCUAUACAUUUGUGACUGGACCAGGUAUAUUAGGUGUUAGUUUUUUCCCUGUACAACAUGGUACUUACCAAUUAUCAGCAUCUAUUGAUGGCAAUCCAAUUAAAAACAGCCCUACAAUAUUCAAAUCCUCAUCUAGUGGAGCUAUAAGCCCAAAUGAAGUAAAACCACAACAACAGCAACAAUUACAUUCAAGCAAAACAAAAAUAUUUCCAUCACCAAACAAUACACCAUCAUCAUCCUCAAUAAAUACCUCAAACUCAUUAGAAAAAAAAAGAAAAUUACCAUCAUUAGAUUUUGAUUCAGAGCAAAUUGACUUAUUAGAUUUUGUUGAAUCGGAAUUUGAAAAUAACAGUAAUAGCGAAAAAAAACCAAAAAGCAAUACCAAUAGUGGAUCAAAUAGUUUAAACAAUAGUAUAAAUAAUAUAUUUUUUUCAAGUAAUAAAUCAACAACUACUAUCAUAAGUAAUAAUAAUAAUUUCAACAAUAAUGAUCAUAACACCGAUAUAGAUGAUUUAAUAAAUAAUGUAACCCCAAGAUCAAACCUCAGCAACAAUAGUGAUAAUAUUAAAGAUAACAUCUCAAUUAAUAAAAAUGUAGAUGAUAAUGGUAACAAUAAUAAUAACGAUUUUGAUAAAAAAGUAUGUGAUUUUGUAAAUACUUAUAAUAAAAGAUUUAGUAGUAGUGGUAAUAAUAUUCCAAUCAUUAACAAUAAUGAUAAUAAUAAUAAUAAUAAUAAUAAUAAUAUUAAUUGUAAUAACAAUAAUGGUGAUGAUAAUGGUGAUAAUACUAAUACUAAUACAAAUAAAAGUCAAGAGAAAGAAGAGAUAAUAGAAUCAACUCUUUUGGUAGAAGAUGAAAUCUCUCCUACUCUACAAUAUGAUGAACAACUACAAUCAUCAUCAUCAUUAAAUGAUAAUAAUAAUAAUAGUAUAAUUGUAAAUAGUAAUUCCAAAAGAAAUAAUAGCGAUAAUAUUUUUAAUGAAGAAAUAGAGGCAACUUUACCAACAUAA